CGAAGCAGAGUAAGAAUGUCAGGACGUGGAAAAGGAGGCAAAGGACUUGGUAAGGGUGGCGCAAAGCGUCAUCGUAAAGUUCUCCGCGAUAACAUUCAAGGCAUCACAAAGCCCGCCAUUCGCCGUCUAGCUCGUCGAGGUGGCGUGAAGCGAAUUUCUGGCUUGAUCUAUGAGGAAACUCGCGGAGUGCUUAAAGUGUUCCUUGAGAAUGUCAUCCGUGAUGCUGUUACUUAUACUGAGCACGCCAAGAGGAAGACUGUAACUGCCAUGGAUGUGGUAUAUGCUUUGAAGAGACAAGGCCGUACUUUGUAUGGCUUUGGAGGUUAAGCAAAGACCUUAUACAGGAAAUAACCCAAAGGCUCUUUUCAGAGCCAC